AGUGUGCCAUGGACAUCACAGUAAUGACUGCCUCAGAUGCAAAGAAGGCUAUUUCAGGUCGGGAAGCACCUGUCUGCAAAAAUGCCCUCCCAGGUUCUAUGGCAACGAUACCAGUGGGACGUGUGAGCCCUGUGACCCGUCGUGUGUGGAAUGCUCAGACGGUGGCAAUACACACUGUCUAGGCUGUAGAGAUGGUUACUUCCUGUUACAACACAAAGGGAUCUGUGUGCAUGUGUGCCCGACCGACUACUUCGUUGACACUUUGAAGAAAAUGUGCCAACCAUGUCACGCAUCCUGCAAAACCUGUGAAAAAUCAGGACCUCUUCACUGCACAUCCUGCUUUGAGGGCUUUCAAAUGUUCGGAGGAAUUUGCUCAUCCCUGUGCCUUGCCGGAGAGUACGCUAUAUCCAAGGUAACACAGCCUGGACCUUACACUAAUAACCAGUGCUGUUUUGCAUCAGAUAUAGCCAUCAUUACAUGACUCUACAAAAAAUGGGAGUAAAACAUCCAUUUUGAUUCGGUGGAAAGGGGGAUUGCAUUUAUCACAUUUAGAAAGUUUCCAUUAAUGCCAAAUAAACAAUACUGAGUGGCCGGUUUAUUAGGUACACGCUGUAUCUAUAGUUAUUGAUCCUUUUUGUCAGAUACACAUGUGAUAUAGGUGUAGUAGGGAUUCAUUUACUGACUGUAUUCCAUCUUUGACUGUGUUCAGUUUGGAAAGGGACUACCUCAGGUGGUGGAUUAUUCUCGAAAGCAUACUGUAGACACUUGAUAUGAUAGUUGCAUGCUAUUGUGUUGUCCAUUCACCUUGGCUUGCUAAUACUAUGCAUUUCUUUCUUUCUAAAUGUCUUCCUGUCGCACACAGAGCCCAGAAGUUAAGUGUGAAGCAUGUGACCCAUCAUGUUUAGAGUGUAAAGGGGACGGACCGUUCAACUGCACCAACUGCCAUGCUUUACAUCGUCUCUCAGAGGAUAGAAGGUGUUUAGCUUGCUGUGGAAAAGAAAAUCACAUGGACUCAUCCCCACUGCCCUGGGAGUGCUGCCAGUGCCAUGAUGCUUCCUUCGAUGAGUGUGUGCCUGGGGUCAACUUUAAGUUUCGCAGCAAAGAGGACCUACCUGCAGGAAACUCUGGCAUUCUUACUGUUAUUACAAUAUUAUUGCUGGUUGGAAUGGGUGUGAUGGGUUUCCUCUUCAUGCACUUCCUCCCAAAACUGCCAUCCUUAAGAGCUGUAAAAUCGAAUGGCUACACCAAGCUGGACAAAGAACCUGCUUUUACCACGGCCACGCUCCGUGACAGCGUUCAGAGUGAAUACUGUGAUAAGGAUGAAGAUGAUGAUGACGAUGACGAUGAUGAGGAGGAUGAGAUUGUGUAUAUGGGGCAGGAUGGCGUGGUGUAUCAUAAAUUUAAGUACGGCCUUUUAGACCAGGAAGAAGAGGACAUGGAUAUGGAGUAUGAUUACUCAAUUUAUGCUAUAAAAUGAAGUGUAUGAGACUCUUGUAGCACUUUAUUUUGUUGUCUGAUGGAAGAUUAUUUAUUGCUACUAUAAUACAGACGAUGAAGCCCAUUCAUUCUUCUGAGGUGAGUAGUUAAAAAAAAAAAAAAAGUUUUAAUAUUUUGGAGAAUAAUCAACUGUAAGCACUUUGUUAAUACCUCAGAGUAUGACUGAAUUCCAGUACUGUUUUAAACACAACAUCGCUGUCUUUUCUUUAUCGUAUCCACUUUGGGAAAGUCUGUUCACAAUUGUAUGAGCUGUUCUGAUACUUAAAGUAAAGUUAAAUGGGUCUUUGGAGGCCCGAGACAACGUUAUUAUGAAUGCAGACUUCAGGAGCUUACUUGACCCAGAAAUCAAUGAUUACUACGAUCCUCUACGAAAUACCCCUCCCCCUCCCCCCCCUAUAGGCUUUACAAUGCAAUGGUAUCCAUAUACAAUAGGGGUGGCUGUGGCUCAGGUGGUAGAGCAGGUUGUCCACUAAUCGUAGGGUUGGCGGUUCGAUUCACCUGACUCCACAUGCCGAAGUGUCCUUGGGCAAGACACUGAACCCCAUGUUGCUCACGAUGGCAAGUUAGCGCCUUGCAUGGCAGCUCUGCUACCAUUGGUGUGAAUGUGUGUGUGAAUGGGUGAAUGAGACACAGUGUAAAGCGCUUUGGAUAAAAGCGCUAUAUAAGUUUUACCAUAUACCUUUACCAUAUAAUGUUCUGUGAUGUUGAUUCUGAUCUCGGAUACCAUGGGACAUAAUAAUUUCAUGUUUAUUGCAUUAGCAUCACAUUAGAUAGUCCUGAAUAUCAGAGGACAUUUCACAGUAUAAUAAAUGGAUCACAAAAUCAACCCAAAGAUGGACUUUGUAACACCUGGAAGAAUGGAUAUUUUUGGUAAAUGUUGCAUUAUAUUUUAAGAUUAUUAAUACUUGGGCUAAUAUGUUUAGCUAAUGAUUGCUGUGUAUGUAAGUGUCUGAUACUGUAUGGCCUAUUGCAAGAAAAGAAACGGCCUCCAUUUUGACCACAACACACUUUGUGUUUUGACUGGAGUGGAACAGGCUUAAUUUUAAUCAAGAUUAUUAAUUUUUUUUUUGCCAAGACAGCAUUAAUACAGUAUAUGAUAUGAUAUAUGACAUAUGACACUGCAGUGCCGGUAUAAAAUUAUUUGGUUAGGGAAUCUGCAGGGAUUUUUAUAUAAGACUCAGUCUUAUAUAAAUAAGUAAUUUUCAUGAGUCCUAAUCUAGAACACUGAUUCAAAAAUCUUCUGCCCUUGUCAUGAAAGGUAUUACAUUUUAUUAUUAUGUACUAUAUUUAAAAUGUACAGAAAAAAUCUACAAAGAAACGUCAUCAUUGAAUGAGUUAUUAAACAUUUGAGAUUUACCCUUUACCUUCAACUCUGAUUAUGAGAAUGAGCCAAAUGAAAACCUUUUUUUUUUUUUUUUUUUUUUUUUUUUUGCAUUUUUAAAAACAAUUUAUUGCAGAUGGGUGUUUCAAAAGUUUUAAAAGUUUAAGGUAGCGGUAGAAGGGGCUAUCGAGAACAAUGGACUAGUAAAAAUUUUUUACUUUUACUUUGUAACUACAAAUAUAAAUGAAAUGUACUGUUUCUCUUCACUUUUUUUUUUUCAUUUCACUCGCCCUCGUACACCAAAAUCAAUCAGCUCCAUCGCUGUCCGUUUUCAACGACAGAGUGAAAUGUUUCAGUAAUAUAAAAGCAAUAUAAGAAAAUCUCAGUCAUGAAGAUUUUUGAAAUCUAUAUUCUUACACACAUAGUGAAAAGUUUAUUUUUUUACCUUUUUACUUUUCUGAAAUGGCUGAGGUAAAUGCAUCCCUUUCAGACUCUCCUUGAUGAACACCAGUGAAACCAGUGUGAAGGAAUUACGAACCUUGCGAAAGAGCAGGAUGACGCACGUUUCUGUCUGAAAGUGUACUUUAUUGUUGAAUUACGUGACAUUGGAGUAAACAAGCAAUCUGACUAAAUCUGAUGUACUGUAUUGGUUAUUCUGCACCUACAUCAUUUGUACUAUCUGAACUAAUUAACUUACUGAAUUGUAUUGCUGAACGAGUGAGAUUUUCCACUACCCUGCUGGACAAAAUAGCAAAUUCCCAAAAUGUUUUCUUUCUGAUAAACAUGCUGUGGCUUUGGGUACACUUAUACUUACUAUUUCAGCGAGUCAAACCUUUUGCUGUUCUGCAAAUGAAUGAUGUAAAUACAGAUGAAGUGGACUGAUUGUGAAUGGCAUGUACACUGAUUCCUGUUUCCAACUGUUUCCAACUGCUAUGUGAGCACUGACUCCACACCCUUAACUACAUGUUACAGACAAAGGGUACUUUGGGGAAUAUGGGCUUAGAUACAACCUUCAGUGACGCUCAGAAUCAGUUAGCUUGGAGAGCCUACUGUCAAUAUCCACACAAUAACUGGUAAGCAUCCAUAUUAUUAUGCACAAUAAGAUUAGUCAUUUAUUUUUAUUCAGAAGCGAC